UGUGUGUGUAGUUUGAUUGCAGUGCCCGACUGUGGACGACGUGAGUGAUUGUAUGUGUGUGUGCGCGCUCAGGUGCUUUUAACAAAGAGCCCGCACACACUGUGUGAAUGUGUCACUGCGUGUUGUGAUGUCAGACACCACCUUCCAUGGUUUGCAUUUGUGAAAAAUAGAGAUAUUUAUUCGUCUGUGGCUGUUCUGCUAAAAACAGACACGGUGCAGCUCUGUCCUCGCGCUCUCUGUCUUGUCAGAUGUUGUUUAGUAGUGUUUAGUGAGCUAGUUUCAGCCUGAUAUACUUGAGACAAGAUGUCCACUGACUGCCAGAAGACCACUGCCAAGGCCAUCCCGUCGACCAGGAGGGUGACAGUCAACGACGCGGAGCACAUGCCCCACGACUACUCUACCACUCCCGGGGGAACCCUGUUUAGCACCACCCCGGGCGGUACCAGGAUCAUCUACGACCGAAGGUUCCUGCUGGAGUGUCGCGGCUCUCCAGUCGCCAGGACUCCUCCUCUAGGUCUGCCCAGCAUUCCAGGGGUGACCAGUCCUCCCUCCAAAGUAGCCUGUGAGAAAGCCUCUCAUGGAGAACUACUGAACAACAACACCACUGCACCGGACAGCAGCAACACAGGUGAUGACGCACAGUUUGAAAUGGAUAUCUAGGUGAAGCUCGGAUGGGCAUUAACAUGUCAGACCAACAUGUCGGAUUCCACGACGAUACAGGUUUUGCCUUCUGUGUCCACAGUGUCCUCCAGUCUGUCCUCGUCAGUGUCAUUUAAUUGUCUGGACCUGAUCGAAACUGUAACAAAGCUUUUUCUGCCUCUGAGUUUAAACCAUAAGACGAAAGUGUGCCUUCCUGUCGUGGCUAAAAGUUUGAAAUAACACCAGGAAGUACAGCCUCAUCCCUUAACUACUGAGAGAAGAUCCAAUUUUCUGAGUUUCUAAGCAUUCCAGAGGAGGCCGUCACCCCGAUGUGCUUUAUUUGUGCCAUCACGGCUCUUUGAUUAUGUUAAAAUGACUCUAUAUGUUCAUGUAUGAGUUGGAUCAUUCUCUCAAUUGUCAUGCAGAGAAUGUAAGACAAGAAUUUUGUGAAGUAAAUUUUGAAGCAAAUUUUCUCACAGUUAUAAUAAAUAAAGCAAACGCCAUCAAAACAAAUAAAACCUUGUCAUGUAUUAUUCCAUAUAUGUUGAUUGAGGGUCACUAGUGAUGUUGUGGUUGUGUAUUAUUAAAAUAAAAAAGCAGUCCACUUACA